ACCACUGUCCGGUUGAUUGCCAUGAGAGCCCAGCUCACUCUAGCGCUUCUUCUCUCCCUCGCGGUUGCCUCCACCAGCCCCCUCGCUGUCGCCGACGAUCUUGACUAUGGUGGUGGAGUGAAGAAAUCUGAUGCCGCCUCGGACGUCUCCGCCAGUGCCGAGACGAAACCCGAGGCCGACUCCUACGUCCCCGCCAACGCUGAGAAGAAACCCGAAGCCGUCGCAGCCAGCACCCAGAAUAAACCCGAAGUUGCCUCUGAUGUCUCUACCAGCGCUGAGAAGAAACCCGAGGCCGACUCCUACGUCUCCGCCAGCACCGAGAAGAAACCUGAAGCCGCCUCUGACGUCUCCGCCAGCGCCGAAAAGAAACCCGAGGCUGCCUCCGACGUCUCUGCCAAUGCAGAGAAGAAACCAGAGGAUGACUCCUACGCCUCCGCUAGCUCUGAACAGAAACCUGAAGCCGUCUCCGCCAGCGCCGAGAAGAAACCUGAAGCCGCCUCCGAUGUCUCCACCAGCGCUGAGAAGAAACCCGAGGUCGCCACUGACGCCUCUGCUAUCCCUGAGAAGAAACCUGAAGCCGUCUCCGACGUCUCCGCUAGCAUGGAGAAGAAACCCGAAGUCGUCGCCGACUACGCCGGUGCUAAGAAGAAACCUGAUGUCGCCCCCGACAAUGUUGUUGUAGAGAAGAAUCCGGUAAACUCCUCUGGCUAUGCCGGCAUGGAGAAGAACCCUGAAGGUGCCACCAAGGCCGCCGGGAAGAAGAAAUCUGAGGUUGCCUCCGAGAAGAAAUCCAAAAAAAAGAGCGAGCCCUCCCAGCCUUCCACAACUGAGAAGAAACCCAAAGGGAAAAACGACCAUGGUACCGAGAAAAAGUCCAAAGGCAAGAAGGACGCCUCUGGAUACACAGGUGCGGAGAAGAAACGAAAAGCAAAAGUAGAUUCCCCCAAGAAGGCUGGGGCCAAGAAGAAACCAGAGAUGCUAAAGAAGGAAGAGCCUAAGAAGAAUGACAAGCCCAAGUCGUCAGCGCCGGCCACAACUGAUGCUUACGUCGCACCGAAGGAAGAGACGAAGAAGCCAGAAGCUGCCACGCCCGAUACCUACACCGCACCAAAGGUGGAACCAAAGAAGGAGGAGCCAAAGGUACCAGCAGCCGACACCACCGAUAGAUAUGCCAAACCAAAGAAGGCCCAACCGGAGACGUCGGCGGCUGCAACAUCUGAUAGCUACACCGUGUUGAAGAAUGCUCAGCCAGAGACACCAGUAGCUAGCACAACCAACAACUAUGAUGCGCCAAAGACUGCCAAGCCGGAGACGGAGGCGGCCAGCACAACCGAUAGUUAUGCUGCGCCGAAGACUUCCCAGCCAGAGACACCAGCGGCCGAAACAACCGAUGCUUAUGCUGCGCCGAGACCGAGGCCGUGGAACAAGAAGAUUGGCCAUUUACCCCCGCCGCACAUGUAAGUUCAACAGUUUACCCAGUUUCUGAGCGAUCAAACAAAGCAACUUCCCCUCUCAUCUCACUUGGGGAGCUACUAUGACCGGAAAACUGGCCCACACUCAUUUUUAUACCCCAAUUUUCAUUGUGUAACCACUUACCCACAAUGUACCACUUAUGCAACUCUGUUUGCAAUUAUUGUAUUGUUAUGUAAAGAGAACUCAUGUACCUGUCAUGUAAACAAACCGGUGUUUGAUAACCCACAAGUAUAGGGGAUUGCAACA